UUUCGAAUGAAAACCAACGAAAAACGCGCACGCUUAAAUUAGGCACCCAAAAAUUCCAACGGUACUAAUCAUUAUAUCUUGUAUUUAAUUAUUAUAUCCGUGUUGUGGGCAUUCUUCUUUUUUACUCAGGAAUAAAAAACAAUACUACAACUAACAGAAAAGAAAAGUUAACCCAUCCUGGCAGCAUGCAAUGGACAGCUAAACACCAACAGAAAUGAACACUUGUGUUGGAAAGUGAACGUAUCGUUGACUUGAAGUUUACGUGAAGAAUACUAAAAAACAAAUCCGAACUACGAAUGUGAACCACCCUGUACAUGAGAAAAUUAAAAUGUUAAACCAUUUUUUUUAAAACGCAACGCGAGAGGCAAUGAUAUCUCCAGAAAUCCAAAACGCCAGAUACCUCGAACCUACACUGAUUGCCAUGCCCUAUACAUAGCAUAGUAAGCUUGACAAUGACCACUGGAAAAUAAACAAAAUCCGCUUGUAAUUUUACCGAGGAAUGUCGCGAUAGUUUGAGGCUUCCAACUUGCAGGCGCAUCUAACUGGCCAAGGUCGCACUCGGAAACCCUAUACCCAAAGGAAAAAGUAAUGGAAAAUGUGAUACGAGAGGGCGAACUACACACGCUUAGGACUGAGUCACAAUGUGACGUUGUAUUAAGCUGUAAAGGAGACAAAUUGAUGGCACAUAAAAUUAUCCUUUCCAUAGCAAGUCCCAUUUUGCAGGGACUUCUGCAAGAAGAUACAACCGAUAAGACCGUGCUCAUUUUUCCAGACGUGGACGGCAGCGUAAUGUCUCUCGUGCUCCACUACAUCUACAAUGGAAACGUGACCAUACCGUCUUAUAAACUAUCUGAAUUUCUAAGUACAGUUGCGCUACUGAAACUGCAACUCGAUCACGAUUAUUCGGAAAGCGAUUUAUGCGACGGCAACAAGAGUGAGAUUUUGGAGCGCGGUUCGCAGUGGUCGGAAAAGAAACUUGUGGACCGGUGUAAGUCUUUAAUCAAAGAGGAAUGUGGGAAAAAGUUGACGAGAAGAAUCCCGAAUUUAAUGCCUAUAGCGGCUUUGCGUGGAAAUGGUAAUGGAAUUAGGAAAGGUCUCUACAAUCGCGUUUUUCCGAGCCCCUGGUGCCCGAGGGUGGUUCCAUUGUUGGCCGAUCCCCGCGAUGAUCAUACUGUAGUAAACGACCCUUCGAGUUUCUCCACAAAGAAGGACAAGUACUCUAAGGCAAACGACACAAACAAUAAUCUCAAAAUAAAUUCUCUGCAAUUAUCGUCCCACAUUGCUGCCGACAAUGUUAGAAAAGAUACUAAUUUGGUAACGGCGAACAGUCCCACGCCAAUUUCCGACUUAACCACCAAAGAACCGAAUAAAGAGAACAAAUGUGCCGAAAACUUGACGACUUAUAAUAAUCCCGACGUCUGCGUCGAUUCGAUUAAAGUGGAAAAGGAAGAGGAAAAUUCUCUUAACAACUGCCCCUCGCGCAUUUCAUCAAAUGAGAGCAAGGCACUCGACCAGAAAACUGACAAGCAAAAGCCGUUUAAAUGUCAAGACUGUGGAAAGCUAUUUAGUCAAUUGAGAAAUUAUAAAUAUCACAGAUCUAUCCACGAGGGCACAAAGGAAUUUUCCGCCCGAUGUCCAGAAUGUGGAAAAAUAUUUAACGACAAAGGGUACUUGAGUAGCCACUUGAAGAUUCAUCGCGACAGAAAAGAAUAUGCUUGCCCCAACUGUCCCAAGCGAUUCAAUCAAAGAGUUGCCUACAAUAUGCACAUGAGAAUUCACACUGGAUUAAAACCGCACGAGUGCCCUACCUGUGGAAAAUCAUUUUCCCGAAAAAUGUUGCUGAAACAGCACCAACGCGUCCACACAGGAGAACGACCAUACAGCUGCCCAGAAUGCGGAAAAAGUUUUGCUGAUCGAUCAAAUAUGAGUUUGCACACGCGGCUGCAUUCAGGUGUAAAACCAUACGAAUGCAAUUUAUGUUCUAAGAGUUUCACCAAAAAGCAUCAUCUUAAAACUCACAUGAACUUUCACACUGGUUUAAAGCCGUAUUCGUGUGAAAAGUGUGGCUUGUCGUUUUCGCAAAGUAGUAACAUGAGGACUCAUUUCAAAAAGUGCAUUUUAAAGACAUCUCCACAGGCAUCGUAAGGCGCAAUAAUUUAAGUUGGUGAUUAUUCUGUGAUAUCUCAGUACUUAUACAUGUAUUCAAUUAUUGAAUAAAAAUGUUAUUUUUGUU